AUGAUUGAACAAAUUGAUAGUUUGAAAGGGAAGAAAUAUCCUGCUAAGAAACAUUGUCAAACAGUGUAUAAGCACUUAUUAACCAAGAAGUCUGGUGACAAGUAUUCGUUCUUUGUUAGUGGAGAAGCUGACGUUCUUUAUCAAUAUUCAGAUCAAGCCAGACCCUUUAGACAGAAUAGAUACUUUUUUUACUUAACCGGAUGUGAUAUUCCAGGAUCUCAUGUCAUUUAUGAUGGUCCUUCAGACAAAUUGACUUUGUAUUUACCUGAUAUCGAUUACGAUGACGUUAUGUGGUCAGGAAUGCCUUUAAGUAUUGAACAAGCGUUAUCAGAGUACGAUAUAGAUGACUGCAAAUAUGCUAGUGAACUCCCAUCAGUACUUAGUGGCUCAGAUCACGAGAUCCAUAGUCUUGACAUCAAUUCUACCAAUGAACAAUUCAAAACUUUGGUCAAAGCUUCAGAUAAGGAUUUCUUCUAUGCUUUGGAUGAAGCUAGAUUAAUCAAGGAUGAAUAUGAGCUUGAAUUAAUGCGUCAUGCUUCCAAGUUGACGGAUAAUUGUCAUUUCGCCGUAAUGUCGGCAUUACCCAUUGAGAACAAAGAGACCCAUAUUCAUGCAGAAUUCAUGUACCAUGCUUUAAGACAAGGAAGUAAAUACCAAUCGUAUGAUCCAAUCUGUUGUAGUGGACCUAAUUGUUCCACAUUACAUUAUGUGAAGAAUGAUGAUGAUUUGAGCGAGAAGAGGUCAGUGUUAAUUGAUGCGGGAUGUGAAUGGUCUUUAUAUGCCAGUGAUGUUACCAGAUGUUUCCCUAUCAAUGGAGAUUGGAGUAAGGAACACUUACAAAUCUAUAACAUCGUUUUAAAGAUGCAACAAGAAACCAUGGCUAUGAUCAAACCUGGAACCCAAUGGGAAGACUGUCACUUGACUGCCCAUAAGGUAUUAAUUGAGGAAUUCUUAAAGUUAGGAAUCUUCAAAUCUGACUAUUCUGCUGAAGAAAUCUUUCAAUCCAAAGUAUCAGGACGUUUUUUCCCUCACGGUUUGGGCCAUUUACUUGGUAUGGAUACCCAUGAUGUUGGAGGAUACCCAAACUAUGAAGAUAAAGAUGAAUUGUUACGUUAUUUAAGAUUACGUAGGAAAUUACAACCAGGUAUGGUAUUAACUGAUGAACCAGGGGUAUACUUUUCACCAUUUUUAUUGGAAGAUGUUUUGAACAACCCUGAAAAGAUGAAGUUCAUCGAUAAGGCAGUGUUGGAUAAGUACUGGUACAUUGGAGGAGUAAGAAUUGAAGAUGAUUUGUUGGUUACUGAAGAUGGGUAUGAGAACUUCACCAAAAUUACCAGUGAUCCUGAGGAGAUUUCCAAGAUAGUCAAGGCCGGAUUAGCCAAGGGAGUUAAAGGGUUCCAUAAUGUAGUGUAG